ACAUUACUUCAGGUCGGGUCAUCAUCCGGAUCACAUAUACAAAACUAGACUCCAUAAAAAAAAAACCAACACUACUCAUAUAAAGGGAAAUGAGAAAUGUCAUUCAUACAAUGGGUGCUCAAGGAGAUCGUAGGUGCAAUUCAUAUAGAGGGUUGCGGAAGAUGUCUAAUAUACAUUAGUUGCUCAAGACAAUCAUAGGAUUUUAUGUCUUUAUUAAAUUAUGGAGAGAUCAGUCAGACUGGCAUAUAGAUUUUGUGUUAUCUAUAUGUUAUGAUCUGACUUCUAUCUUAAUUAAUUCUAAAACGACAGGGUAGCUAACAUAUUGAAACUGGGAUACAGUAAAUGAUUUAAUGGUCAUCUAAUUAUUUUGUAUUGAUCAUUCAAGGAUUUUUUUUCUUUUUACCCUGAGCUGAAAAUUCCUUUUGAUCCUUUGCUGGAGCCUUUCUGCAUCUAUUGCAUUGUUCAUUGCCAUGUUGAUCAAUAAGUGUUUUACAUUGCAUGCUUCUUAACCUUUUGAACUAAAUUCCAAAACACCUCUAUUGUAUGCUGCUAGCAAUACUGCAUGAUGCCUCAACGUAUUUUUUUGAUGUGCUUGUAAAGCUUUUGCUUUGAGCUUAUUUUACGCUUGCAUAUCGCGUCAUCUGUCCUGUAAGGGUAAUGUGAAUGCUGAUGCUGAUGCUGAUUUUUAUUUUUAUAAUUCAGGCCAAGAUUGGGAACUCUAUCCAUCAGAAAUGCACUAUAGUAAUUUUUUUAGACCAAUUAAAGGAUUCUGAUUUCUCUCCCCUCAUUGAUGUUUUCCUGGCAAUGGACUCUUAUGAGGUUGAUGCGGUCGACGUACUUCAUAAAUCUCCCUGUGCCCUGAACCCGGAAUAUGUCAUCUCAUUGCUGCAUGCAAUCAAUUUGAGGCUACGAGUUGUUGAUCUCCAGGAUAUGUCAUUUACUGAAGACAUAUUGUGGGAACUUUUCCAGGAUGGUUUGAAUUGCCAAGUCUUAAACUUGAGGUCCACUGAGAUUCGGAAACUCAAUUUGGUUGGGAGUUUCAUGCAGUUACGCACCCUUAAUCUGGAUUUUUGUACUGCCCUUACAAGCUUGGAGGAGGAUUGUUUCACUUACAUGCCAAAUCUGAUGCGUCUCUCAAUGUGUGAAACUAGAGUUGCCAAUCUAUGGACAACUAGUGCUGCCUUGUCAAAACUUCUUUCUUUGGUCGAGCUCCGCUUUCAAAAUUGUGUAUGUUGCAAUGAUACUAGGCCAUGUCCUGCAUCAUCCAGUAAGAGGGACAAUCUCCUUCUUGGUGACAGAGCUGUGUCAGGUCAUUUGAGCAGGUACUUCGACACCAAGCAACCAACUAUUGCAGGCAGAGAUGCUACAUAUUCAACUUUGGCUGCAGAUGAUGGUGCAGUUAAUAUUUCAAGCCACUUCCAAAGAAUUGGUUUUUCGGAACUCUCUUCUGAUGCCAUUCAUAUCUCAAGUGGACAGGACAACUCGCAAAUUAAGGUUUCUUUUGGCAUAGAAGAUAAGGAGGAGUUUCCUAGGAGUCUUCUUAAUGGGGACAUGGAAGAUGCCUCAAUUGCUUCAAGGAUAUAUGUUCCACAUCAUCCUUCACCCAUCUGCUUUGAGAAACAUUACAGGGAGUUUAUGAUUGCUUCAUUGCCAUGUCUGAACGUGUUAGAUAAUUUACCUAUACGAAAAGUGGACAAGGAAAUAGCGAAGACUGUCUUCUUAAAGUACUAUGAGCACUUACCAUAUAAAAGACGACACAGAGAAAGUGUUGUCAGUGUUUUGCAAAUGCGCGAAACAGGGGCAAGUAGUAUGCACAACCAAAUAUCUUCCAGGCCAAAGCAGCCAUAUAUUUGCAGGAAAAGUCAGUAUUUCUACUCCAGGUCCUUUUGUGCUGCCAAACUUGGGUCUUCUGCAUGGCCUCUGUUACACCCCAUGUCCAAUAUCAGCCAUACUACCAAAGAAGAGAACAAGAGCUUUCGGCCAAGGCAGUUUGAGUACCACCCAUCUGACUCUAGUUUAAUGGUUUUUGGAACUCUAGAUGGGGAGAUAAUAGUUAUCAACCAUGAGAAAGGGAAUAUCGUUGGUUAUAUUCCAUCACUUGGAAUGGCUAACAGUGUUUUGGGAUUAUGUUGGCUUAAAAAGUAUCCAUCCAAGUUUGUUGCUGGUUCCGACAAUGGUUCGUUGAGGUUGUAUGACAUUAAUGAUAUGAUGCGGACAGUUGCAGAUGGCUACUGCAGUUCCAAUACUGUAACCUUCGAUGACUUUGAGCAGUUGACUUCUGUUCAUGUCAAUUCAACUGAUGACCAGUUUAUUACAAGUGGUUAUUCACGAAAAGUUGCUGUAUAUGAUAUUUGCAGUGGAAGACGCUUACAGUUGUUCACUGAUAUGCAUCAAGAACCCAUUAAUGUUGCUAAAUUUUCCCACCAUUCCCGCUCUCUGUUUGUUACUUCAUCAUUUGACCGCGAUGUGAAGAUGUGGGACUUAAGACAGAAACCAACACGGCCUUGCUAUGCUGCUUCAAGUUCAGGAGGAAACGUGAUGGUUUGCUUCUCUCAUGAUGACCUUUAUCUGCUCGUGUCUGCUGUAGACAAUGAGGUAAAGCAACUUUUGGCUGUAGAUGGGAGCCUCCACACAAAUUUUGAGAUAGCUUCUACUGGAAAUGCCCAUAACUACACUCGUUCAUAUUACAUGAAUGGAAGGGACUAUAUUGUCAGUGGGAGUUGUGCUGAGCCAGUCGUUCGCAUUUCUUGUGCUCAAACUGGAAGGCGACUUAGAGAUAUCCAUUUGGAGGGAAGGGGCUUGGGCAGCUCAAUGUUUGUGCAAUCCCUAAGAAGUGAUCCUUUUAGACAUUUUCACUUGGCUGUCUUGGCGGCCUAUUUGCCGCCAACCUCAAAGUGCGAGAUCAUCAAGGUCAAUUUUCUUUCAUCAAGUCACUGUACCAAAGAAUAUUCUAGAGGCCAACAUAUCUGCCCUUCCUACAGUUUGGGAAGUUGAUAAAUAUGUUUGGAUGGAAAGGAAUGCGAGAAUAUUUGAAGAUAGAAUGGAAGUGUGGGAAGGGCUAUGAAAAAGAGCUUAUUUUUUAGCAUCCUUUUUGGCGUUGGUGACAAAGGAGUUUGAGAAUGUUCUUUUUUUUUGGUUUUCUUUGAGUUGGUCAUCAUCUAGCAUGUAAGAGUGGUUUCUUGUGAUAAUUUUUUUUUUGGUUUUUUGGGACAGUGUUUUGUUGUCCAUUGAAUUGGAUUUCUUGUCCAAUUUUGAUUUAGAUGUAUG